UAUUUCACUAAUGACACGGCACGAAAACCCAGUCAGACAGCGAAUCCUUGAGCUUUCAGUGUUGUGAAAGUAGUGCGCGUGUUCAUAGUGAUAUCAUAUGUAACUGUUUCCCUGAGACCCUUCUGAGAUUGGUCUUAAGUUCCGAGCCUUCCAGGCGUACACUUCUGCGCGCUUCCUUUGCAGGACAGACGACCGUUGAGAAGGUCCCGUGAAGAAGGCGGCCAGCCGGCGAGGCGGAGGGAUACGUUGACUAGGGUGCGCGUUGAAGAGGCUGGAACGAGCCGGGAAAGAUCAGAGAACGCGCCUGGAGUUGCGCGGUGUGUUUUAGCGAUUUUCAGCAUCUUUGACGUUCACGUUGUUCCCCGACGCGACGGCUACUCUCUUAUUAAUACCGCGAGGGACCUAGGGUUUGCCCUGCAGACACUGACAUCUAGACUGGACUUUUUCGUUGUCACCUGGGGAUUUUUCCAGAGGUCUGGACUCUGCCUACUGGAUCUAUUCAGGUAGCGGGGCUGCUGCCUGAACCUCGCUUGCCGGAGCUCGACUGUGUGGACGCGCGGACUCGCACUGCAGCCCGCGCCGCCGCACUUCGCAGAGGUUAACGAGACGAGAGGACUCGGCUGCACAAACAUUUAAUGAUGUUACGGUCCAAGUUUGGGUCUUUCACUCACAUCUGCGGGCCGACGGGCAUGGACCACAUACCGAUGAAAAUACAGCUCCAGCCAGUGAAGCCGGAGAAGGAGCCUUUCGAGAAGCUCUACCAGGUGGGCUCGGUUCUGGGCAGCGGGGGCUUCGGUACCGUGUACGCGGGGAUCCGAGUGGCGGACGGGCUGCCGGUGGCCGUGAAGCAUGUGGCGAGGGGGAGAGUCACGGACUGGGGCUCCAUUAACGGCUCCUUGGUGCCUCUGGAGAUACUGCUUCUGAAGAAGGUGGGCACCUCCUUCCGCGGGGUCAUCAAGCUGCUCGACUGGUACGAGCGGCCCGACGGCUGGCUGCUGGUCAUGGAGAGGCCGGAGCCCGUGAAGGACCUGUUCGACUACAUCACGGAGAAGGGCGCGCUCGACGAGGACACGGCGCGCGGCUUUUUCCGCCAGGUGCUCGAGGCCGUGCGCCACUGCUACAGCUGCGGGGUCGUGCACCGCGACAUCAAGGACGAGAACGUGCUGGUGGACCUGCGCACGGGCGACCUCAAGCUCAUCGACUUCGGCUCGGGGGCGCUGCUCAAGGACACCGUGUACACGGACUUCGACGGUACACGGGUGUACAGUCCGCCUGAGUGGAUCCGGUACCACCGUUACCACGGGCGAUCAGCAACGGUGUGGUCGCUAGGUGUGCUGCUUUACGACAUGGUGUGCGGGGACAUCCCCUUUGAGCAGGAUGAGGAGAUCCUGCGUGGCCGCCUGUACUUCCGGAAACACGUUUCUGAAGAGUGCCAGCAGCUGAUCAAACGGUGCCUUUCCCUGAGGCCCUCAGAGAGGCCCACGCUGGAGCAGAUCCUAGAACACCCAUGGCUAUGCCCCACUGCAGGUUCUGAAGCCAAGGAGCACAACAUCCAGCUGAGCACCAUCGAGUCAAAAGUCUCCAGCUCCAGCAAGGAGAGCCUCUGACUGCUCUCAGUCUCCAGUUCCGGUGUGGGGCCACAGACUUUAGAUCUGCAGUCUUGUGAUGACGGGGCUGACACAGUUACUCCCUUCUCAAGGGAAUUAUAAUUUAUUAAUGUUCUUCCUUUUUAAAAAUUUUUGUAACAUGAAUGUUUCCUAAUGGGGAACACUUUCUGAUUAGGUGGUCUUACCAGCAUUUCAUUUUUUUGUUAGUAAUUUUUUUUUUUUUCUUCUUCUGAUCUGGCAACCCUCCUAUUCAGAUAUGCUGGCUGCUCUUAUAGAGCUUGGAUUUUUUUUUUAUGUUUUAAUUUUGAGUGCCUUUUUGAAAGCAGAUUUGUGGAGCUUUGCCUUUUAUUUAUUUGCCCUGUUGUGCGUCUGUUGCGUGUCAGUGUGACGCCCCUUUCUGCGGGGGGUUGCAUGGGGGGUCAAAUACUUGAAAACGCACACUCACUUAUGCUGUGUCUCAAAUCUCUGCUGCUCACUCACACUUCUGCCUGCACAGUAGGGCCAUUUGGGAUGGGUUCCCCUCUGGGUUUUUCUUUCCCAAAUGUGUUCGGAAAGUGUACUGAUCAGCACCCCCUGGUGGUGCCUGCAGCUAUAACUGUCCUCUUGUUUCUUGUUCCUUGGCCCCUCUCCCAUGUCACCUCUGACACUUAAUGUCUCUGGCUUGAGUCUGCCUGGACUUGGGUUCGAAAUGCACAAUCAAUGCAAUAUGACAACUUUUUUAUUUUUUAAAAUAAAGUAGUGUGUGUACAUUUCCUAUGUAUUUAUUUGUAUUAGAUAUUCUGUGGCUAUUUAUUUAUUUAUUUAGAAAAUUCCACUUACAAUCUCUAAAUGGUCUUUUGUUUGCAUUCCUAUAUAUACUUUUAUUUAUAAUUUUUUUACAUAUUUGUGUUAUAUAUACAAAAAUUCUCUUGCUAAUACUAAGAUGGCAGAUGCAUUGAAUGCUAAUGUCUUUGGAAAAUAAACACUGUAAUAAAGGAAGGUUUAUUGCAAUUAGAUGAGCAAUGAAUGUUUCGGUUCCCUCUGGUCAUUGAUUAUACGAUGCUGUAGAUGGUGAUAUCUGCAAUGUUUAAAAUAGUGCAAUUUGUGUAAAAGAGUUUGAACUGAAAUUUAUGAGGUUGUCUGUUAGCAUUGAUUUUAAAGGGAGUGGAUUUGUUAGUCAUAGAAUGCAGCCUAGUUUUGGAAAUACUUUAGUGUGAAAUGCAAUGAUGGACAGCUUAUUUUUUUAUACAA